AUGGAGCAACUCGUGGUGUGCGGCGCAAGACGCGCCAGCCUGUGCACGCUGCCCCUCGAGCUAUUUGACUACAUCGUCAGCAUCUCAUACGAUCUCGACCCAGCAUCGGUGUUGACCCUGCGCCUUGCGGGCACGCGCCGGGACGAUCUCAUUGUGCGUCACCUGUUUCGACGUGUUGGCUUGUCCGCGCUCAAGUCCUCGCGCGAGGCAUUUCUUGGAAUCACCUCUCGACCACACCUGGCCCGACAUGUCCGCGAGCUCAUCUGGUACGACCUGCCAUACACCAGCCUCGACGCGCACUGGGAGAGGCUGGGCAGGGAGGAUAAUAUCCCCAGGGAGCCUCCGACUGAGCCGCCCAGUCCCCGGAAACCAUUUGGUGCCAGUCCCAGACCCUUACCCGAUGUGUACCCGAAACAGCUACAGCUGCACGCGCUGCUGGCGGAGGCGUGCUGGAUGCACAACCUGCCCGUGGACAGCGCGUACGACAUGCCGGGACACUGGCAGGCAGUCUUUGACGAGUUUCGCGAAUGGUUUUUGUCCGCUCUCCAGGCGCCCCCGUUGCUAGACACAGUCACCACUCGCGUGCUCUGGUAUUACGGGCCACCUGCGCGUGACUUUAUCAAGCCGCCGUCGUGCCUCGUGGGGCGCGACCCCGCGAUCAAGACCAUCAUGGAGUGCGGAGGCUUGAUUGCAGUGGUCUCUGCGCAGUCGGACAAGUUCAUCGAGUUCAUCACGUGGGCAGCCCAGGCGAGGAUAUGCGCGGCCAAGACUGAAGCACCGGGCAGCGCACCACGCAAAGCUCAGUCCCGGGCCAAUAUCUGCCAGACAUUCAGGGGCUGGCCAAGGCAUACCGUCUCGUCCAGGACGUGUAUCGGCAGCAUCAGAGAGGAUGCUGUGCCAGGCAGCAAGCGGGCGGACGUUCGAUUCCACGAGCUGGAUGAGUCCGCUGUGACCGAGCUCGUUUCGCUGUUGUGCACACCUGCCGUCGUAGACAAGCUGUAG